UUCCCGUGGAUCAAAGCAAGAUGGCAGCUGUUGUUGAGAAUGUUGUCAAACUGUAAGUGCUGGACUACUGUGCUUAACUUACAGCUACGCAGUUGACACACAUCGUGGUCACAUUAUUACAGCCGUAUGACCACACAGUCACUGUCUCUUUAUUUGGUUAGCUUAGCCACAAUCCAACUGACUUAGUAAGGUUAGCCAACGGUGUCGGAGCGUCGUGUCUUGUCUUGUUCACAUCCUGGAAUGGAAGUGCUUGGAGAGCAAUACUACAGAGAUGCCUUGGAACAGUGUCACAACUACAACGCCAGGCUGUGCGCCGAAAGGAGUGUUCGAAUGCCGUUCCUUGACUCUCAGACCGGAGUUGCUCAAAGCAACUGCUACAUUUGGAUGGAGAAGAGACACCGGGGACCAGGCAUAGCUCCAGGGCAGCUCUAUACUUACCCAGCCAGGAGGUGGAGGAAGAAAAGGAGAUCUCAUCCUCCAGAGGACCCAAGGCUUAUCUUUCCUCCUGUCAAGUCAGAGAUAGAUUUAGGACUGAAGAAGGAUGCUCUGCUUUCAUCGGACGGCAGCAGCCUGGAGGCCCUACUGAAGGGGGAGUCCUUGGACAAACGGACAGCCGCAGACCUCCGGGGAUCAGAGGAGGAUUCAAACCAGAGUGAUUACACCGGAGGCCUGAACCCUGCUGCUCGGAUUAGAAAGAGGAUUCUUGAGCCAGAUGACUUUUUGGAUGACCUUGACGAUGAAGAUUAUGAGGAAGACACGCCUAAAAGAAGAGGCAAAGGGAAAGGGAAGGGUCGAGGAGUGGGCAGCAGCAGGAAGAAACUGGACACGGCAGCGCUGGAGGACAGAGACAAGCCUUACGCCUGUGAUAACACUAUCAAACAAAAGCAUAUUUCAAAACCUUCUGAAAGAGUCUGUGGGAAGCGCUACAAGAACCGUCCUGGCCUGAGCUACCACUACGCCCACUCCCACCUGGCUGAGGAGGAAGGUGAGGACAAGGAUGACAUGGAAAUCAACGAGCCUGCUCUGCCGCUUCCUGAGGAGCCAAAAACUCCCAAGAAAGGUCCAGAUGGUCUUGCAUUGCCUAAUAAUUACUGUGACUUCUGCUUGGGAGACUCCAAAACCAAUCACAAGACAGGCCAGUCAGAGGAGCUGGUGUCCUGCUCUGACUGCGGACGCUCAGGCCACCCCUCCUGCCUGCAGUUUACACCUGUAAUGAUGGCAGCUGUGAAGACGUAUCGCUGGCAGUGCAUUGAGUGCAAGUGCUGCAACAUGUGUGGCACAUCAGAGAAUGACGAUCAGCUUCUGUUCUGUGAUGACUGUGACAGAGGCUAUCACAUGUACUGCCUCAACCCACCCAUGUCUGAACCUCCGGAAGGGAGUUGGAGCUGUCAUCUCUGUCUGGACCUUUUAAAAGACAAGGCAUCCAUAUACCAGAACGUGCCAACAUCAUGAUGGCACCUCAAGCCUGCACUCAUUUGUCUCCCAACCGUCCCACAGCAGUAUGGUUUACCCCUGAUGAUCCAUGAAAAACUGCCCUGACAAGUUGACCUCAGAUGGAGUGUGUCCUGGACAGAUAAAUACUGAAAAGGGAAGUAUACCUUACCAGACCGGCCUCAUUUAGCAUCAGAUAUGACUGUUACACAGUUCCAACCUAAGAUUCAGUAUAAUAGGUUUUUAUUUUCACAUGCUUGCCACAUAGCCAAUUUAAGCAGCACUCAUUUCAUAAAUACAGCAUAAAUAGCCAAAUUAUCAAUUCCUGUUCAGCUUUUAUACAUAAAGUUGCUAAAACCUCGUCUCUUGUCUGCAAUGUACUGAUUUUAUGACUAGAGCAAAAACAUGAAAUCAAAUGGCAUGCCCAUGCUUGCUAGUAGUGAAAAAAUACAUUUUAUAAUAUUUAUAUAUUUCUAUGGUAUAAAAUGGUGUUAAAUAUGUAUAAAUUGGAGAAAAGGAAUGGUCACACAAUGGUCUUUUAUUAAUGAUGCCCAUCUCAUCAGUGUGGGAAAAAUUCACAACCAAAUAUUCUUUUGUGGUGAUAUCUGGUGAUCCAUCUGAUACAGUCAAAGGGAUUUGCUGAGACUCUGAAUGAUUUUCCAUCUGAUCCACUGCCACUGGCCAUACACACAGACACAAAGAGGAAAUAAAAACUGGAAAAAGUGAUAGAAUCAUUUACAUUCUUGGCAGAGUUGCCCAAAGGCUGCAGGAUCCAGGAUCACAGGUUAGACUUGAGUCUGUCUGACUCUUGUGUGCUACAAGUUCACUGAGUUGCACUCAAGUGUUCAUGUGAAUGCAUGAAGAUGCACUGUUGUGCGUGUUUCAUUCAAGCUUUUGGGACUUUUAGACAAACCUGUCAGUUGUUCGCACUAAAUCCUAAAGACUGCAGCAGUACAAAGGAGGCCUGAUGUUGAUGCAAAACUGGUCCUAACAGGCAGUGCCUGUUUGAUGGUUAUGAUUAUGUUUCAUUCAACAACAAAUCCUAUUUACAGCAGCAGUCCGGUAAAGGGAAUAUCGCUGUGUUCUAGCAGUUCGCUGAUCAUGCACCAUAUCCGGUGUCGUUUGUGACACCGCUUGGUUGCGUUAAUGCAGUUGACGUGUAAGUGAUCUCACAGAUUGUCACAAUAGAAAAGCAAUAUUAGAGCUUCUGUAUGAUGCUGGGUAGCAGGGAGACAGAUAAUGUGUGAUACUGUAAGUUUUCUAAUGAGAAAAUGUUAUUAAAGGUAGACUGGCAGCAGUUGUGGAUGACUUCAUGUUGUAGAAAAUAGCUUAUAUGUUUGGUCUUGGGGAGAGUGCUGUUUUUCUCACUGUUUUCAUGGUUUUUAUUAUGCAAUGGUUUCCUUCAGUGGUAGGGCUAAAGAAAAAGAGACAGGACUGCUGAAGCAGUUAUUUUACCUCAAACAGAAACAGUAUUUAAAGGGUUGAAACAUGCUGUAGGUAGAUGGGACAAAGUCAGAGGAAGAAGUGGUGAGAACAGGAGCAGUGUCUGUUCAAUGACAGCAGUGAAACACGUGCAUGUUCAGUAACUGUGUGCACUCUCAUGCUAUGUAGUUGUCUGUUAGGUCGGCCAAGGUCCCUGGGAAGUGGUGUAAUAUAAAUUAACCAUGCUAUCAUGUUGUUUUAAUAGCCAACUAACAAUUACUAAAGCAUUACACGAGUGUCACUUGGUUUAUUUUCACGUUUUAAACUUACUGUUUUAUCUACAGAUCGUGGCUACUAGAAUAUUUAUCUGUUGCUUUGUAUUCAUUGAUAAUGUUUGCAUACCUGAUGUGUGGGAUAUUUUGGGAGUUGGGUUUAAGUUGCUUUUUAGUUAAUCCUGUGAUCUAGGUCUCAAGUGAGCCUCUCUCUGCCAAAGCUCAAUACAAUAAGCAAAGUCCGUAAUGGGAUUAGGAGGCAAACACUGAAUGGUUUAGUCUGCAGCCUUUGAAUGGAACUUGUAUGAAUGAGAAGACUGUCCACCUUUCAUAAUCACAUCACAACUAUUCAGUAAUUAUUGUUGAAUAUCAAAUUAUGGUUGUCCUGUUCAUAGCUUUGGGAGAGAAUUGCUCUAAAUCAAGUGAUAUUCAAAUGAAGAUCAUAGGUUUACAUAGUAGGUUAAUUCUCUUUGGGUGGACUUUUACUUGGAUUGUAAUGGAACGUUUUAUUGUAUGGAGAAAAAAAGUCUUCAGGAAAAUAAAAUACUAAGCACUA